AUGUCAGGCCGUGCGCUCUCAACUCUGCCGCUCGGGCCCGGCCGAGGGGCCGCACGGAGGCCGGCGGUGCAGUCGUUGUUCGAGGCGCAGGAGGGACAAAGCCGUCGCCUCUUUAUGCCCUCUGCAGCGGACCUGCGAAUGCCCCACCUGCAAGACGCCACCGAGUCGGACGACGAAGAAGACCCCACCCCCCCGACCCUAUUCCCCAAGGCUCCAACUCUGAAUUCAAGCCUAUCCUCAGCCGGGGCCUUCCCUACGGGUGUAUCACCAACCGGUUUGUCCCCAAGCAGUGUUCUUCCAUCCGCCGGCCAUGUGGAACCCGGCCAAGUUGCACCCAGUCAGGUUGAGACCAGCCCGGUUGCGGCUCGCCUGAUUGAGACCAGCCCGGUUGCGGCUCGCCUGAUUGAGACCAGCCCGGUUGCGGCUCGCCUGAUUGAGACCAGCCCGGUUGAAGCACUGAACCAUCGGAACAUCGAAGACGGAGACGCCGCCGCCCAUGAUCCUGGGUCCGAGCCCAAGGCCGCACUUGCGGUGCGUUUGGACGCCGGGCUUCCAUCGGAGCCGGGUGCUGGAGACCAGCCGGGUGCUGGAGACCAGCCGGGUGCUGGAGACCAGCCGGGUGCUGGAGACCAGCCGGGUGCUGGAGACCAGCCGGGUGCUGGAGACCAGCCAGUUUCGGAUAAGACGCAGCUAAUGCGCUUGGGGGUAGAGGACGAUGACAACGAGCAGGGGGCACUGGACGAUUACCUCGCAAUCGAGGGAGAGCCGGAGGAGAGCUACUUCGCGCUCCUUGCGAAGCAUGGUAGCAAAAAGGAAUUGGAUCCGGUGGACCACUCCAAGAUGGAGUAUGAUGAGAUGAAUAAGUCUCCCUAUAUAGAAGUUCCGGAGAUUAGCGAGAUGACGGACCGAGAGGUGGAGAUGGUGCGGAAGAGUCACCAGAUCCGCGUGAAGGGUAAGGGUUGUCCUCGGCCUAUAAAGGAGUUUAGUCAGUGUGGUUUACCGGAUGCGUUGUUGGCGAAAUUAGCUCAGAAGGGUAUCUUAGAGCCGUUUGCAAUUCAGAUGCAGGCUUUGCCUGUGUUGAUGAGUGGGCGUAAUUUGAUAGCGGUGGCGUGCACUGGUUCUGGUAAGACACUGGCGUAUUUGCUACCCAUGUUGCGUCAUUGCAAGGUACAGGAGCCGGAGUUGAAGUUGGGUGAGGGUCCGCGAGGUUUGAUAUUAGUUCCUACUCGUGAGUUAGCAAUACAGAUUGGUAAGGAGAGUCGGCGGUAUGGUUCAGCCGUAGGCUUGAGUAGCAACGUGGUAUAUGGCGGAGGAAGACUGGGAGACCAGUUUUCAGCAUGUCGUCGAGGCUCGGAUGUACUGGUGGCAACACCUGGACGAUUGACGGAGAUUCUAACGCUAAAUCGAGGACGUGUUAUGAACCUGCGCUUUGUACAUGUGGUCGUCUUGGAUGAGGCGGAUAGAAUGUUUGAUAUGGGGUUUGCCCCUCAGAUUGAACGAUUGGUGGGUAAUGUGAGACCUGACCGACAGAUUAGCUUAUUUAGCGCAACCUUUCCCCACUGGCUGGAGACACUAGCCCGACAAGCCAUAUCGAAACCGGUUGAGAUCGUGGUGGGUGCGCGGGGACGACCUGCCGACUCAGUGUUGCAGUAUCUGGAAUUUUGUGCGAACGAGGACGCAAAAUUUUUACGCCUGCUCAAGAUCCUGGGUGAUUGGUAUCUCCACGGUGAAAGUAUUAUCAUCUUUUGUGCAAGCCAGGCGUCCGUAGAGACGCUUUUUGUGCAGCUGCUUGGCUACGGCUACCCCGCCAUCGCUUUACACGGCGGCCAAGACGCGGAAGAACGCGACCUGGCGGUGAUCGAUUUCAGGGCGAAGACACGCACCAUUCUUCUCGCGACCAGUUUAGCUGCACGCGGCCUUGAUGUACGCAACGUCGUGCUGGUCGUCAACUACGACGCUCCCGACCACGGCGAAGACUACAUCCAUCGAGUCGGACGAACUGGCCGGGCAGGCAACCUCGGCGUCGCAUUUACCUUCUUCCUGCCCCAGGAAGGCGACAAGGCACACGACAUACUCACUGUAGCCCGCGAAACACAGGCAGAGAUACAGCCACAGGUCCAGCAACUCGCCGACGAGUUCGCAGACAAGGUAGAAAAAGGCACCGUCGUCGUCAGCCGCCGCAAGGGCUUCCAGGGCCACGGCUUCACCUUCGACCCGUCCGAGAAGUCCGAACGACAAGCAGCCAAGGAGUUCUGGAAAAAAGAACUCGGCAUCCUACCGGCGGAACCCGAGCUGGAGAAUGACGCCGAACGGAAGGCAGAGAACGCGCAACAGAACGUACAACAGAGCCGCGAAGAACGUAUUGAAGCACGCGUUGAAGAACUCCUUGACCAAUGGACACUCAGCAUGCUCGACACGCUCGCCCGCGAAGCCAAAAAAAAGUCACUCGAACCCACUGUGCGCCGAGUGGUCGAACAGGAAAUGCAGCGACUAGACCUCCUCGGCGGCGGCGCCGCCGCCGGAGCCGCCUCUGUGUUCGGGCCUUCAGUUUUCGCGCCUUUGACAGAGACGGCGCGACCAUCACGAAAAGAGCGAGCAGCACGGCGACGCGGAACGGCACGGGAACAGGCGCAGCGAUUGCUGGCCCGUGCUGUGGGAGGUGUGGAGAAGGUGCCUGCGGAUUUCGUGGACGCGGCGGGUAACCAUGUGUUGCACCUGAGCAUCAACGGCUACCCGAGUCAGGCUCGAUUCCAAGUUUCGCAACGAGAUUUAUUAAACAGCGUUGCGGACGCCACCGGAGCUGUCGCCUAUGUCAAGGGUGUCUAUGUCGAUCCCGCACGUCGAGCCCUCGACACACUCGGCCAACAUGAACUACACCUCGUCAUAACCGGACCCACACAUGUGAGCGCCACCAUGGCCAGGAGACAACUUAGAGACAUUGUCGAGGCCGUAGCGAAAAAAUCCCUCAACCUCUAA